AUGCGCAAGAAAUGUAAACAUUGGCCGGUCAGAGAGAAUUUAUCCAUCUGGGAGGACGACAAGACCCCCUUAGCGCCGCUGACCUCACAGGAGAGGGACACAAUCAUCGAGCUGACCUCCGUGUCCGGCUGGCGACCUUUACCCCCAAGUUUGACCUCGGAAGAGACGAGAAGCGAUGGCGGGAGGGAGGAAGGGGGUGGAUCCAAGAGGGACUCGGAAUAUCCUCUUGACAGCUCCAAGAGGGAUUCUCUGUCGGAACAUCACCUCUCGGACAGCUUGGCGAGGCUCAAAUUGGGAGAGGUUAAGAUAGAGUCGAGUCAGCAGUUUUUAACAUGGUUUGCUGGAGUAGAAGCCGAGAUGUGUGAGGAACAAGAUGGGCCUUAUCGAGACUAUGUCAGUCAGUUGGUCAGCCACCGCUCAGAGUGUCAGACUCUCCUUGCUCAGCUUGACGAAGCACUCAACAACUUACAACAUUUAUCAGGACAGUACACCAGUGUAUCAAACAAGACAAGUGCACUUCACACCGACUGUGAGCAUCUAUUAGCUGAACAGACUCGACUCACAAACAAGGCUGACACCAUUGAGAGCAAACUAGCCUACUUCAAGGAGGUAGACCGGAUAAGCCAGAAGCUGAGCUCGCCAGCAUUCCAGGUGACGAGUGAUGGUUUCAUCCCCCUGCUGGCGAAGAUUGACGAAUGCAUCAGCUACAUGAAUACUAACCCUACAUUCCAAGAGUCUGCACUCUACCUAGCAAAGUACAAGCACUGCCUGAGUCGAGCACUAGGCAUGGUGAAGCUGUAUGUGACCAAGUCCCUAGAGAGUGCUACCCAGCAAGUGUUACCCAAACCUGGCAUUGAAAAGCCAUCAAGUGACAAUGCGGCUGUGCUCUAUUACGGCAAGUUCAGGACUAAUGCACCACGCAUAAAGACCCUCAUGGCCGAGAUAGAGGACCGGGUAGAAAAUAGUCCCGAGUAUCUGAACCUCCUUAGUGACUGCCAUCAGUGUUAUUUUGCACAGCGUCAGACACUGAUGGGCCCCUGUGUGGCCGAUGCAGUGACUGAGCUUUCGCAGAAAUAUCAGCGGGAUUACUGUUCACUAGUGCGAAGUGGCUGUGCAUUCCUUGUGCAUGUGUGUGAGGAUGAAUACAAUCUUUUUCAUCAGUUCUUCACAGCAGCCACCUCAGACCUGGAUGCUUUCCUACUGGGACUGUGUACGGGUUUAUACGAUGUCCUGCGGCCUCUCAUCAUACACAUCGACCAUCUUGAAACACUGUCUGAACUAUGUAACAUCCUGCAGAGAGGGAUGAUCGAGGAGCACCUGCAGAACAAUCCCACACAACUGGCCCCACUCACCUCCGUGGUCAACCAGAUGCUGGAGGACACACAGGAAAGGCUCGUCUAUCGUGCGCACAUCUACAUUAAUGUGGACAUUGCUGGCUUCCGUCCAUCGCCAGGAGACCUUGCAUACCCAAGCAAGCUGCAGAUGAUGGAGAACAUUGCAGAGAACUUAGCCAGCCAGCGGAAGAUGCACUCGCGCAACGCCUCUGUCUCCUCCAUAUCAUCUACGAGGUCUAUGAGAGUUCUCCGUGUGGGCACUUCUCCAGCUGACCUCCAUGGUAUGUGGUACCCGACUGUGCGGAGAACACUCAUGUGCCUUUUCAAGCUAUACCGGUGUGUGGACAGAAGUAUUUUCCAGGGUGUAUCACUAGAAGCCCUCACGGCAUGCAUGCAGAGUCUUAGCUCAGCCUCAGCUAUCAUCAGCAAGACUUCCUCGCCUCUGGACGGUCAGCUGUUUGAAAUUAAGCAUCUCCUCAUCCUCAGAGAACAAAUGGCCCCUUUCCAGGUUGAUGCCUGCCUGCAUGAGACAAGCCUAGACUGGAGCAAAGUACGAAAUGCGGCAUUCAGCCUGGUUCAGAAAAGGGAUCGCCUCUUCUCUCUCUCAUCCAAUAAUGCACUGUUGGAGUUUAUUGUCAAGGGUAGCCUUCAGGUCACUGAACAGAGACUGGACUCAAAGAGAGACCUAGACAACAGAUUGAAGAAGCUGUGUGAGCUGCUGAUAUUGACCUGCACAGAGUCCCUGACAGGGCCACUGUCCAUCUUCCUAACCAAGGCAGAGGUCAUCCUCCAGAUGAACAAGGAGGAGAGUGUCAAGCCCAUUUCCCUUAAGAACCAGCCAUUUGCAUCUGCCGAGAAGAUAGCAGAUGUUGUGAGCAGCAGCCAGAAAAACAUCCGCACACAUCUGCCUGGCAUCCAGCGCAGUAUGCAACUUUACCUGGCCAACCGCGACACAGAGUUCAUCCUGUUCAAGCCCAUCCGGGCGAACGUCCUCAGCACUUUCUCUAAAGCAAAUAUAGUGACGGAGAACUACAAUGAGGAUGACCGCAUCAUCAUUGCAUGCCCAUCACAAGAGGAAGUAUCGGCACUGCUCUCCUCCCUCUUCAAGAGCUAGUGGAUACUCUCUUCCCCCCUCCCCCCUUUAGGAAUGCAUUUUGUAAAUAAUAGAAGUUUAUGGUGUUGAGAGAUAGGAGAGGCGGUGUUUAUAUGUCUUAGGCUGUUUUUUGCAAUAUCUAUGCAAGUGAGAUCGAGCUUUCAGGAUUUUUUCUUCUUUCACUUUGUUUUUACCUUAUUCUUCCUUAUUUUAUUUUUCACUUGUGUUUUAUAGGCAAUUUUCCGUAGUGAGGAACCAGGUGUAUGAUUCAUUUAUUGUUAUAUAUGUUGUUGUACAUGCAGAGAUUGUAUGUUUCAAAUGGCCAAAGUUUUGCUUCUAUUUAUUAGAAAGAGUUGAUACUUAGUUCUAUAAUUUAAGGUGGAAUUGAAUUCAAAAUGGCAUUUGAGAGUGUGUUCUAUUUAGCUCUUUGAAACCCAGUAUUUAUUUAUUGUUAUUUCCUUUUAUUUUAUGUGUAUAUUCCCAUAAUGAUUACAGAUUGCUGUAAACAUUCACUAAGGAGAAAAUGUUCCAUUUUUAAAUUAUAGGGGAAGGAAAUCAAUAAAAGUAAAACAAAAGUUAUCAAAAUUUCUUUAAAAUAUUUGUAUUACAUCCAUAUUGUGCCUCUUCACCAAUGCAAUAAUAACCAAAAAUUCUUAAAACAUUUUACACAAACUUCUAUUCUGAUUUCUCUUUUCACAAAUACUGAAAAAAAAAUUCAGGAUACUUUUGAUUCUAAUGUCCGAUCUGUCUGAGGAUUGAAUGGCACUUUUUCUUUCUUGCCCUUUUUAAAAAUUUCGGCAUUUACGACAGGAAAGAAAUAAAGCAGCAGGAGAGUCGAUAUAGAGACCACAUCUUGCAACAAGACUCGGAGAGAGUUUAAGCGCAAAUGAAAUACGUGUAUAUAUAAAACUUGAUGAAAUGGAAUGACAUGAAACGAAAUUCAGGAGAAUGACUGAAAAACACUUUGCACUCGUACACACAAACACACAGACUUUAGGCCGUGUCAUUAGAUUUUAUUCAUGCUGUUGUUUGUUGAUUGACUUCAAAAUAUAUAUUUAUUUCUUAAU